CAAAUUCACUAGUUCCCUUGAAGGCUCGGAAAGCCUUAGGGAUGGAUACAUUCACACAUACCUGGUCACUUGUCAGAUCUCAAUGCCACAAAUCUAAGGCAGCCAGAUCUGGUUGAGUCAGACGGCCGUUGCCGUAGCUCAUGCACGGUCUAUGAGGUUGCGGCACGUACUUGUACAUACUAGGUAGACAUUUGUCAUUUGGUUUAUUUACUUUCGAGAGAUCAUAUGUCAUCACUUCUUCUUGAUGGAAUAUUAAUAGUGAUAUCCUAUUUCAGACGAUCAUUCAUUAGCUAAUCUUUACUUUACUGCAAUAACUUCACUAAUUUGUUUCCACUAACAGACCUAUACAAUGCCUGAGAUUGCGGAAGUUGCCCGUAUUGUCCAUUUUCUGCGGCAGCAUCUGAUAGGGAAGACCAUCAAAAAAGUAUUAGCCCCAGAUGACAGUAGUAUCUUCGGUAAAGUCGGGACGAGUGGCCCUGCGUUCGAGAAGGCUCUUACCGGGAAGAAAGUCGUAGAUAUUGGGAGUCAGGGGAAGUACUUCUGGAUGGUAUUCUCCGCCCCACCGCACACUGUUCUGCAUCUGGGCAUGACAGGUUGGGUCGAAAUCAAGGGUAUACAAACGGGCUACUCACGAUACGUUGAGAGGACUAAGGGCGAUACGGAAUGGCCUCCUAAGUUUUGGAAAUUUCAAUUCGAAACCGAUGAUGACCCCAAGGUUGAGGUCGCUUACACGGAUGCCAGACGUUUUGGCCGUGUACGUCUAGUUGAUUGUCCCGGAAACGAGAUCAGAAAGCAUUCGCCCCUAGUUGAGAAUGGUCCGGAUCCUGUUGUUGACAAGGACAUAUUUACCGAAGACUUUUUGCGGCAGAAGUUGAGAAAAAAACAUGUUCCCAUCAAGGCCCUAUUACUUGACCAAUCAAUGAUCAGCGGAAUCGGAAAUUGGGUCGGCGAUGAGGUUUUAUACCAAGCCAAACUUCAUCCGGGGCAAUACUGCGAUGAUUUCGAUGACGCAGACAUUAACGCUCUCUAUAAAGCCAUCCAAUACGUAUGUGAGACCGCAGUUGAAAAGUUAGGAGACUCCGAUCAGUUCCCCGAAGACUGGCUGUUCAAGCACCGAUGGGGUAAAGGGAAAAAAGGUUCACCCACCACUCUUCCAAACGGCGACAAGAUUAUUCAUAUCACCGUAGGCGGGCGGACGAGCUGCGUUGUCCCCAACAUUCAGAAGAUAAAAGGACGCACGGCUAAAGAUGGUGCUAAAGAGGAGCUCACGCCACCAGAAGAAGAAAAGGCAACGGAGAGUCGAUUCUUCAAAGGCAAAAACAAGAAACCGACAAAUAGUGACGUCGAAGCCGAAGAACGUCCUGUCAAGAAGGCUAGAACCGCUAAGUCGAAACCUGUUAAGCAGGAAGAGGAGGAGGAAAUCGAUGAAGAGGAAAUAAAGCCUGCUGCAAAAACAUCGCGCAAGUCUGCUAAGCCGAAGAAGGAGGAGAAGCCAGUUGAGCCGGUACCUGAACUUGGAAGGAGGCGGUCGACUAGACUUAGUCGUGCAGCAGCAUAGGUACCUACCUAGUCUAACAGGUUAAAUUUACCA